AGAUGGUUGUGAAGGAUUAUCCUGGAUUGAACAAUAAGCAGUCAUAUGAAUCAUUCAAGCGGAAGUGGAUGUACCUGUUUGCCUAUGCUGGAGCAGGCUUCACUAAGGGCUACAUUACAUGCCAUAUGCUGAUGUUCAUUCGAGAGAAUGAUGCACCUGAGAUGUGCGACUGAGCACAAUUUUGCAUUCUGAUGGAACUGGUUUUCUUCGGACUCACGGAGCACUGGGAUAUUGUUAUUCUCAGGUAUUUAUUGCAAAAGUUAGAAGAAUAACGCAACAGUCUAUUGUGUAAAAUACUCUAAUGGUAUUGAGACGCUAAUAAUGUUAUCAAUAGUCUGC